CCGGCAGUUGAGUGCAACCCCAAAGCGGAAGGCAGCCUUGAGUAAGAGAGAGAAUGACGGUGUGGGGCCGGGAGGUGCGCAGCAGCAACGCAGUCUGUGUGGGGCUGAUGUCCCCCCAGCCCUGGGGAGCCCCACGGUGCAGCCAGGCAGCGGCAUCUCGAAACUGAGGGCGUGUGGAGGAGGACCCCACUGUGAGCCAUGGCUGAGCAGCGCGUGGGCUCCAGGGGUCGGCGCAUGGGAUCCAGCCGGCGGCGGCAGCUCCGCAGGGAUGCGGCUGAAGAGCCACCAUGGGCAGCAGCUGUGAUGCAGAAAGUCCAGGAUGUGAUCCAGGAGCAGCACGGGGACACAGAGGGGUUCAUCACUCGUGCAGAUAUGCAGAAACUGCAGGAGGAGGAGGUUGUCCCGUGCAGCACGGAGGAGCUGGAGCUGCUCUUUGAUGGGUUGGAUGCUGCUGGCACCGGGCAGCUGAGCGUUGAGGAAUUCACUGCUGGGCUCCGGCGGUUCCUGAGUUCCCAAAAAAUCAGCAGGGAGCAUCGGCGGCGGAAAGCAGCAUCACGGAGGAGCUGCCUGGUCCUCGCCAGCCCCACGUGGGAAGAGACGGACAGCGAGGAGAAGAAACACUUUGCAGCCUUCAUGGAGCAACUGGGAGUGGAUGACAGAUGGGAAGAGCAGGAGAUCUGGCAGCUCUGGGCCAAGCUGAGGGAGGACGAGCCCCAACUCCUGGGCAACUUGGAGGAUUUCAUGGCCAAGAUGAGGCACCGCAUCCAAGAAGCCCGGAGCAAGAAGGAGGCCUUGGAGGAGGCCCUCAACAAACGCGUGGCUGAGCACAAACAGGAGGUGCAGCAGCUCUGCGAAGUCCUGGAGCAGCAGAUCCAAGAGGAGCGGCAGCGAAUGGAGCAGGAGAGCACAGCCCGGAGCCGCCUGCACUGCGCGAUGCUGCAGCGAGCGCUGGAUGCCAGAGGCAGGGAGGUGCAACGCUUGCUUGCAGCGCAGGAGGAGCUGGAAGCACAGUGCCGCAGUCUCAGCAGCACUCAGCGAGCUGCCAGUGCUGAGAACCAACAGCUGGAGGAGAACAAGCGGGUGCUGGAGGAGCAGCUGCAGCACAUCCACACACAGCUGCAGCAGACCCACGAGUGCCUGAGGGCUGCCAUGGCUCAGCAGCGGGCAGAGAAACCGCGGGAUGAAGAGGAGGCAGAGCUGCCCAGUGAGACACUGCCAUCCCUGCAGAUGAGCCCAGGGCAGCAGUUGUCAGAGAUGCACGUCAAGUUGGGCUCCCAGGGCAGCGAGCCCAAGCACAGGAGCGCCCACCAUGUGGUGUGGGAAAAGCCAGCAGCAGACACAAACCCGUCACGGCUGCUCUCUGUAGAAGAGGAUCCCUUCCCCGAAUUUCUGAAAGAGGAACGGUUUUCUGGCCAAGGCUCUUUGCUAAGAGAGAUGAAUGAUGCAAUAGCAGCUCUGAGCAGGCAGAAGCUGCAACCACUGGGAGAUGCUGCUCACUGCCCACACCAUGAUGCUGAGCUCCAAACGGGACCAAGCGGCUCAGCCCCACGAGAGACCCACAUCAGUCACAAGGUGUUGGAAGAAGACCCGAGAGAGGGACGAGCUGCAGCUGAGCUUCGUGCUGGGGACGGGACACAGGCUGGUGCGUCUGCAGGAGCUCAGGAGGAGGGGGCAGCUCAGGGAGACAGCGUGGAGAGAGCAGGGCAGAGCCCGGAGCGGAUGGAAAGGGUGUUGUCUGUGCAGGAAAGGGGUGCUGGUGGGGAGCAGCAGGUGCUAAAAGAGGUUGAGAGGCCACAAGAGGCACUGGGAGAGAGCACAGAGAUGGGUGAGCAGGCACAGGUGGGGUUGGAGGGAGAAGGAUGGGAAAAGAUGAAGUGGGAAAAGGUGCAGCUCCCAGGAGAAGGAGAAAAUUUGGAGGCAGUCCUCAAAGCUCGGGAGGUGGAGCUCCCAGCAGGCAGCUUUGCCACCUAUGUGCUUCAGGUGCCAGGAUGUGUUGAGAUGCAAAUGGCAGCAGUGCAAGAGGUGAGAGAAGCUCCCAACCCUGAAAAAGUGGAUGGAGAGGAUAGUGGUGCAGCGGGGCACUGCUGGGGAGAGAUGGAAAGGACUGAGACUGAGCUGCAGCCCCUGAGUGUGGCUGAUGACCUGGGUACAGAGCAGGCAGAGAGCGUGGGGCCAGAGGAGCAACUGCUGGAGGAGGCUGAUAGAGCAGAGCCAGGGCUGGAGGGGGGAGCUGGGGCUGCAGUGCUUGGUGAGGGGCUUUUCCCAGCAGAAAUCCCUGCAAGGAGCCCAGCUGAUGGGCUGGUACUGGUCAGUGCUCAGGCACUGGAAAUGGAAGAGGCAGAGGACUCUCCAGCAAGCACUCUGCUGCAUGGGAUUCCCAGCCCAGAAGCCUUGAGGGAUGGACUGGAUGACACAGCUGUGCAUCUCAGGGAGGAUGCUGAGGACGGAGGACAAGAACUGACUGAGCCUGGGCUGCCCAAUCAGCCUGUGUGUGAACUGCAGGGAGCAGGAGCCAGGCAGGCAGAGGGGGCUGCUGUAGAGCUGUCACCCCAGGAGGAGUCUGGAAGCCUGGAGCUGCUGGAGGCCCUGAGUGGUGAUACCCAUGUGCAGCUGUUUGCAGAGCUGAGGGAGAUCAAAGGGAGCCUGGAGGCAGAGCUGCAACCUCUGUACCCAGGUCAGCAGCCACACUCAGAGCAGGCAGAGAGCGUGGGGCCAGAAAUGCAACUGGUGGCUGAGGUCAGUAAGCCAGAGUUAGUAGAAAUGGAGGGGGAAGAGGACUCUCAGGUGGGCACGCAGCUGCAGUGGGGUCCCAGUCAAGAAGCCCCAUUGGAAGGGGGGAGGCAUACAGCUGUGCAGCUCACACAGGAGGUUGAGCAUGAGAGACAAGAUGUACAGCACUUGAAAGAAGAGAGGGAGAUGGAAGUGGUGCAGGAAGAGGGCUCUGAUGAGGAUGAGCUGGUCCUGAUCAGUGCUCAGGAACUGGAACUAGAGGAGGCAGAGGACUCUCCAGCAAGCACUCUGCUGCAUGGGAUUCCCAGCCCAGAAGCCUUGAGGGAUGGAUUGGAUGACACAGCCGUGCAUCUCAGGGAGGAUGCUGAGGACGGAGGACAAGAACUGACUGAGCCUGGGCUGCCCAAUCAGCCUGUGUGUGAACUGCAGGGAGCAGGAGCCAGGCAGGCAGAGGGGGCUGCUGUAGAGCUGUCACCCCAGGAAAAGGCUGGAAGCCUGGAGCUGCUGGAGGCCCCGAGUGGUGAUACCCAUGUGCAGCUGUUUGCAGAGCUGGGGGAGGUUAAAGAGAGCCUGGAGGCAGAGCUGCAGCUCCUGAGUUUGGGUGAUGAUCUGGGUACAGAGCAGGCAGAGAGCGUGGGGCCAGAUGUGCAACUGCUGGAGGCUGAUAGAACAGAGCCAGGGCUGGAGGGGGGAGCUGGAGCUGCUGCAGUGCUUGGUGAGGGGCUUUCCCCAGCAGAAAUCCCUGCAAGGAGUCCAGCUCCAGGUGAGCUGGUACAGGUCAGUGCUCAGGAGCUGGAAGGGAAGGAGGCAGAAGCCCAUGGAGAGAGCACUGGAGCUGAUGGGAAACCCCUGUGUGCAUCAGGGCUGUGGGAAGGGGCAGAGAGCCCAGCUGUGGCUCUAGAAGCAGCUCCGUGCAUGGCUGACAGCACAGACAUUUGGGACAGGAAUGUUGAGCCUGCCCUGCAUCCCGAGUAUACUCAGUACGCUGCUGCUGAGCAUGCUCAUCCAGGGCUGGUAGCAGUCAGUGGUCCAGAUGAGCAGAUCCUGGAGGAAACCCAGACAUCGAGUGCUGAUGCAGAGGGGAGGCCUCUGGAUGGAGCUCGAGGUCUGGAAGUGGUGCAGGGAGCGAGGCUGGAGGCAGAAGGAAGGAUUUUAGUCGAAGCUCAGCAUUUGGAACUAAAGCAGGGCCACGAUGCCGAUGCAGCCACACUUGCUUCUCCUGUCUCCGAGGUACCGUUACAAAUCAGUGCUCUAAAUCUGGGUGCGAUGAUGCAGGAGGGUGUUCUCAUUCCAGAUGUGCAGCUGCUAGGUGGUUCGGGACAGGCAGCCCAGAGGCAGCUCCAGGAGCAGGUCUCAGCACAGGCAGACAAGGGGAGGCUUCGCACUGCUCCCCGGCAGCCACAGAAGCCACCAGACGUGAUGGAAGCAGAACAAGCAACUGCUGGACCUGCUGAGACUCCAAAACAAGAAGUGCCACCAGCAUCAGCCCUUCACACAGGGAUCCUACAAGGGGAAGAUGCUGUGAAGGAUCUCUCAGGGAUGGCCCUCGGGGACAGCCCACUGCUGGAGGUGGUCAGCAGCGGGGCACAGCUCUCAGGAGAGCAGAGAGAAGAGCUCGAUGUGGAGAAGAAACAAGAGAUGGAGAAGAGCCCAGGAGGUGAGCCCAGCCCUGGAGAGCCAGAAGCUGUGACUGUGAGUGGAGCAGGAGCUGCCCCAAAGGGCUCUCUGGAGCCAGACCACCUCUACAACGUGCUGUUUGUUGGGGACUCCCAUGUGGGCAAAACCUCCUUUCUGUACCGACUGCAUGCUGACACCUUCAACCCGCACCUCGCUGCCACCGUAGGGCUGGAUUAUCAGGUCAAAAACCUCGUGGUGGACAACAAGCGCUUCGCUCUCCGCCUGUGGGACUCAGCUGGGCAGGAAAGGUAUCACAGUGUCACCAAGCAGUUCUUCCGGAAGGCAGACGGGGUGGUGCUGAUGUACGACGUCACGUCGCAGUACUCCUUCGCCAAUGUGCACUACUGGCUCAGCUGCAUCCAGGAGGGAGCAGAAGAUGGAGUCACGGUUCUGCUUCUGGGGAACAAAACAGACUGUGCUGCAGAGAGGCAGGUCCCUACGCUGGAGGGGGAGCGCCUGGCUCAGGAGCAUCAGCUCUUGUUUUAUGAAUGCAGCGCUGCCUCCGGCCACAACGUCACUGAGUCCAUCGUCAGCCUGGUCAGGGCACUCAAAGUUUGUGAAGAUCAAUUGAGAAAUAAGGCAGAAGAGGUACCAAAGCUGCCUCAGAAGAAAAAAGGAUGCUGCUGGUGAUGGAGAGAGUCCUUGCUGUGGUCUGAAACUGCAAAGGCAGCCAGAAAAGCAACUGGAGAUGAGGAGAGACCACAGGAUGACUGCUCAGAGAAAUCAGGGUUAUGAACUCCACCAGGGAGGUUGUGAUAUUGCACUGACAGCAGCUGAAGAAGCAACACAGCUCCAGCAGCUCUUUUAGACACGUGCAUCUCCUCUGCAGCUCAGUGCCCCAGCACCUCUGUAUCACCUGAGCCUCCAUCCCCUACCUGGCUGCUCCCACCCCAUCCCUCUGCCACCUCCUGUCCUCCCUUGGCCCUAAUCCUUGAAGGACCUUUUUUGCUUGAUGCAAUAUAUGCUCCCAUGCACUCCCUGGCAAUCCCCUUCUGCCACAUUUCGUUAUAAAAUGAUUUUAUUACUGGGUGUGUUAUGGGGCUGGCUUGAAGAAUGGAGCGACUCAGGAAGAACUUUCAUGGCUCAGCUCGGGGCUGAGGCUGGACUCGGUGUUCAGGUUACCCACAACAGGAUUUUUUUGUGCCCAUCUUCCCUA